AUGAUUUUUUUAUUUUCAUUAACUACAAUACGAAAUACCACUCAAAGUAAUGCAAUAUUCACUGGUCCUUUGACUAAUUAUGCUUUUAUGACUUAUCGACAUGAGGAUUAUACUCCGAUCUUUCCGCGAACAUACGGAGGAUGUAACUGUGGGUUUUCAGCAAGCUGUAAUUUUUUAUCGUAUAUUCGUGCUUAUGCAACUGAGACUACAUUAUUCGUUAUACCAGGUUUCUAUAGUGCAUGUUACACAACUGAAUCAUUACUUCAAUCUGAUCUUCGAUGCUUCUAUAAUCAAGCAUGUAUAGAUGAGCUAAAAUCAUGGUUCGUAUCACCUGAACAAAGAAAUAUAACAUCUCUUGAUAGUUCAGUAACAAGUCGCUUUCUAUCGAAUACAACAUUUGAAGGAAUUAUUGAGUGUACAUAUACACGUCAAGCAAAGAAUAAUGCUGUUUAUAUUGUAACUACAUUAUUUGGACUGACUAGUGGCUUAACAAAAGCAUUUAGAUUAACCAUACCAUUUCUAGUUAAAUAUACGACAUUAUUUAUUCGAAAAUGGAAAAGAAGAAAUACUGUACCCUUGCCAAUAAUUAAAGUUGAAGGAGAAAGGAAAGCUACUCCACAAACUGAGCAUGGUGGUGCAAAACCAGCUGUACCCACACAUGCUAUUUCACAUCCUGCAACUCCAAGAAAUCCCAACAGAGGAACUGCAGCAGUCGAUGCACAAAAAACUGUGCAACAGGCUACACAAGCUAAAGGAUCAGCACCAGUUUUCAAAACCGUCAUUAACAUGAAUACCAAAAGAACGAAUAUAAACGAAUAA